GUAUCUGCGUAUAUUCAAUAAAGAAUAAGGAUGCGUAUUUUUACGAGUUAUGUUCGUUACUAAAAACUAUUUCAAAUUAAGUGAAUAAGUCAAAUACUGAAUCACAAUUUCUAUUUGCAUUAAUACUAUUUUGAAAAUCUGUGUCCGCAUUUAAAAAUCUGCAUAAAUGGCAGCUCUGCAUUCAAAUUCGUUGUUCAGGUGCAACAUUUUUUUGUACAGAUUAACCGCCAAACGUUUCUUGUAGCUUUGUAAUAUAAUAUUGUGAGCUAUUUGUAAUUUGUUUUAUUUGGAAAACUGUGCGGAGAUUAUCCACGUAUUGGAAUGGAUACCCCCGGAAGGAUCAAUGUUGAGAUCGCCUGCACAAAAGGGUUCUGCAAAGAACGUCCCGCUCCCGACCUGCAGCAGGCAAUACGCCAAUAUAUAGCGGACGUCAAAACCCUCCCCAAAGAUCAUGUCUUCCAGGUGUGCUACCCAAACGUGGAUAGCGUAAUGAUUUGCGAUAGGAUCACGGAGAGUACCCCACGAAACAACUUAUGUGUGAUCACGUACCUGUUGCGGGACGAGACGGGAGAAGAAGAAACUAUUGAACAGGAUGGAGAUGAGAUCCAGAUAGCUAAUCACUGGAUGCUUCCGGCUCGGGAGUUUCAUGGCAUGUGGGAAAGUCUAAUUUAUGACGAAUGUUUGAAAGAUGAUUUGAUGAGUUUCAUGCAGACAACGAUGCUGUUUUCACGGAAGAAUGUCAAUCCUAAUCUGAUCGCAUGUAAUCGGUUGAUCCUAUUGCACGGUCCACCCGGGACAGGAAAAACCAGUCUUUGUAAGGCUUUGGCACAGAAACUAUCGAUCCGUAUGCAGGCUCACUACAAACACGCGCACCUGAUCGAGAUCAAUAGUCAUAGUUUGUUCUCCAAAUGGUUUUCCGAGAGCGGUAAACUAGUUCAGAAAGUUUUCGGUCAAAUUCAUGAGCUUUGCCAGGAUCAAUCAUCUCUGGUUUGCGUUCUAGUGGAUGAAGUGGAAUCAAUUGCCUUUGCAAGAGAAUCCAUUUCGAACAACGAACCAAGUGACAGUAUUCGCGUGGUCAACGCUGUGCUGACUCAGUUAGACCGCAUUCGCAAAUAUCCGAACGUAUUCGUGCUGGCCACUUCCAAUCUGACUGGGCGCAUUGAUUUAGCCUUUCUAGAUCGAGCGGAUAUCGUGCAGUUUAUCGGAAAUCCCAGUUUGCCUGCCAUCUAUCAAAUUUAUCGAACGGCUUUGGAUGAUCUGCAGAGUGCAGGGGUCAUCACGGUUGAAGAUUUCGUUCCAGCGUAUGAAGAGGCCACGGAAAUGUCAGUAGUGGCAAGCAAUCUCAAAUCCGUCGCGAAUUUAAGCGUCGGGCUCAGCGGAAGAAGUUUACGCAAGGUUCCCUUUCUGGCACACGCUCUGUUCGUGCAGCAGGAAGAAACCACGAUGCUCAAGUUUCUCGGGGCAAUGAGAAAUGCGGUCCGUCGGAUGCGCCGUGAUAAAGAGAUGCUAGAAACGAAACACCAACCAAAACAAUCGUCGGAUUCCAAUGGAGUUUCCAGCGAGAAUGCCACUGCUGAGGGAACAGAUAAUGGUCAAUAAGAAUGAAAAAGAUAUAUAAAUUGUGAACGGAACAAAAAAGGUAAAAUAUUGUGGCAGAAACUAUCUAAAAUAUAUAAAUAUACAAAGAA